AUGCCAGGGGGUCGCAGAAAUCCUCUCAGUGUCACAAAACUUGUGGAGAAAGUAGCAGAUGUAGUACAUACGGCGACGGGUAAUGCUCACGAUCUUGCAAAAGUGACCAAGUCAGUAGUCGACGACAAACUCAAUGUGCCGUGUGUAGAUUUAGUGAUCAAGUUUAUUGGUGCUUCCGGGAUCCCUAAACUGGAUGUAGUUGGGACUGCGGAUCCAUAUUUUGUGGCCAAAAUAGACGAUGAAGUUUCUAUGGUCUCUACAGUGAAGACGAACACCCUCACUCCUGUUUGGAACGAAACAUGGCGGGUCAAGAACGUGCCGAUAACAUCAGAUUUACUUGUAGAGGUUUUGGACAAAGACUUUGGUUCUCCUAUUGAUGACUUUGUUGGAAAAUUUAAGACGAGUGUGGCUGCUGGGGCGAAGGAAUUGGAAAUUGAGGGACCUUUAUUUAGAAGAAACCGAGGAACUUUUUGGUUGAAGAUUGAUUCUACUCCUUCUUCUGACCCACCAGAACCCCGAUUUCUAUUCGACGGCCCAAUCCGCUACUCACGCCAUCUGUCGCCCACUGUGGGUAGAUUAACCAAUUUAGAUGAUGCUCGUCUCUAUUCCACAUGGAAGUUGUAUCUCAUCGGCGUUUCUUUAUACUUCAAAGACGUGUAUCAACAUUGGAAUGUCAAUUAUAAAGCGGCACAGACUAUCUUUGGAACAGGAGCAACCUCACUCGCAGUACGCACUGGCAUUCAAGCGGGUCAUAAGAUGCUCUAUGCGCGCAGCACUUCCAACGGUUUCGGAGUGAUCGAAUCCGCUACAGACGUGCUCAAACUCUUUCACGGAGGAAGGUUGAACCCCAAGGGGAUUGUUGGGAGCGACCAAGAAUACUUGUCUGCACAGGAUGGUACGCCUGCCGCACGAUCUUUUUUCGCACAUCGUGUCAAACCUGCAGUCUACACAUAUAUUAUUUCCGCCGAAGACGACUCUCUACGCUUCUCAGAAACUGGUGCCGCCUUCUUUGUUGAUUUCGCCUCAAAACACGCUUUGCACGCGAACUGCUGCGACCGAGUGCGAUAUUCUGGUGAAUUCCAUCCUCGUCCGCGUGCAAAGGAUGAUUCUUGGAUAGGAUGGCAAGAUUUUAGUGACUCUAUGUCCGAUGAAAUGGUCGACUGGGAGGUGCUGAUUGAUAAUAACUCCGGAACAUACUCUCCUGAUAAAGCAAUGUUGCCCACUCUCCAGGCGUUACUGGAAUAUAAUUUUCCUGGAUUUAAAGUGCAGGCCUUGGAUAGGGAGGAUGAGGAACUCACAAAGAGUGUGCAGGCAUGUCGGGAUUAUGCUCUCAAGUAUAGAGGUGUACAGGUCAAGCACCUGCAACCGCACCUUGAGGAAGGCGAGGAAUCACUGAUGAAAUGUGCGGGGGUUAGCAAUCCUGCAAUCGGUGUACAAUGAAAGAAAGGAGACGAUGAUGGAAGUGUGCUGCUUCACAUCGGUAUACUUAUUUUCUUUUUCAUACUGUUUAAGAUAAUUCGGACGGCUAAGAUAUGUAUUUUCAAUGUAUUAACAUUCAUCUCGUAGGUUAUAGUAUUCUAAUGUUUAUACGCCUCAACAUGUGAUGCAUAAUGUAUGAAGUUGUACUCCAUGUCGCAGCUGUGCACAUUGCACACUGAAGAACGUCUCAAUAGCUGGAAAAGGAAAAUACAUGAGGAAACAACUAAAACAAACUAUAAAUGAGCAUCCAGCACUACAUAAGAGUGUAUCUUA